GUGCCGAGCCGGCUCCUCCUCCUCCUCGGCCUCCACCUCCCCUCCGUCCUCAGGCUCAGCCGCCGCGCCGCCCGGCCGCUCCUCCUUCCUCCCCGGGCGACCGCGGCGAUGUUUAACCGCGCCGUGAGCCGGCUCAGCAGGAAGCGGCCGCCGUCAGACAUCCACAGCAGUGAUGGGAGUCCCAGCAGCAGCCACCAGAACCCCAAGAGCACAGCCAAAUGGGCAGCCUCUCUGGAGAAUCUGCUUGAAGACCCAGAAGGCGUGAAAAGAUUUAGGGAAUUUUUAAAAAAGGAAUUCAGUGAAGAAAAUGUUUUAUUUUGGCUAGCGUGUGAAGAUUUUAAGAAAACACAGGAUAAGAAGCAGAUGCAGGAAAAGGCAAAAGAGAUCUACAUGACCUUUCUGUCCAGUAAGGCCUCAUCGCAAGUCAACGUGGAGGGGCAGUCCCGGCUCAAUGAGAAGAUACUGGAAGAACCACACCCACUGAUGUUCCAGAAACUCCAGGACCAGAAGGCCCCCAGGAAGGCCCUGUUUUUCCCAGUGAAGGAGUUGGAAGCUGGGAGGAGCGCAUUCGGAACCACAAGAUUUCACCUAACUUAAGCCCCCCCUCCCCUCAGCGGCUCUGGCUUCCUUCCAUGCUGUUGGCUUCAUUGCAGUGCCGUCUGAGCAGCCUGCCUCGUGCCCCCGGACACCCCGUUCACUAGGAAGACUCCAGGGAACCUCAGCCCCUUGUCACGGCAGCAGCACUCCAGCCCUGGAGGUGCUGAUAGGGCAGCGUGGGCUUUAGGGUGCAGCUGGAACCUGGAAGGGGGACAAAUCCUCCCUGAGCAGACCUGACAUCCGUGCAUCUUCUCGGGUCUUCAUUCAAGUCCUAUUUACUCUUGGUUUACACACAGUUCUAGCGGGCUCUGGUCCUCAGGUCACGGCGGAUUGGACAGCAAGAGGCGACAGCUGACGGGCAGGGAGGAGACAGAAAAGCGAAAGUCAGCAUAAAACCGCAGCACAGCGAUAUCUGGAGCCACCAAGCGCGGGGGCCCUCAGCCCCACGCACUGCCCCGGGGGCAUCCCUGUGCUACGGGAUGGUGACACCAUGAGUGAUCCUGAUACCCCAGAGCGUCAGGCAAAACUUAAAUUGUGGUCAGCGUAUUCUGUGAAGAACGGGUUAGACAUUUUAAUAUCUUAAGUUUGAGAUCUUAAGAGAAGUUUGGGGCAUAAAACUCUGUUACUCUGAGGGGCGUCUGGGUGGCUCAAGCAGUUGAAUGUCCAGCUUCGGCUUAGGUCAUGAUCUCGAGAUUUGUGGUUUUGAGCCCCACAUCGUGCUCCGCGCUGGCACUGCAGAGCCUGCUUGGGAUUCUCUCCCUCUGUCUUUUCCUCUACCCUCCCCCACUUGCUCACGAACGUGCUCUCUCUCUCUCUCUUUCUCAAAUAGUUAAACUUUAAACAAUUACUUUGAAAACCUAUGGAAGUGGAGAGAUCCUUCUCUGAUUUAUUUUAUUUAUUUUCAAUGUUUAUUAAUUUAGUUUUUGAGAGAGAGAGCAAACCAGGGAGGGGCAGAGGGAGAGAGAAAUCCCAAGCAGACUCCAUGCCGUCAGCGAGGAGCCUGACAUGGGGCUCGAACUCACAGACUGUGAGAUCAUGACCUGAGCCGGAACCAGGAGUCGGACAUUAAACCUACUGAGCCACCCAGGUGCCCCUCCUUCUCUGAUCUAACUCGGUUCUGCAAACACGGCCCAGUCGUGUACUCAGCACAUGCUGGUAAGGCCAGGAGAGAUGGGGGUAGUUCUGUGGCUGUUUCCUUGGAACCUCAGCCUAGAAUCAAAGGCUGCUGUUGGACAAAUUUAAGUUGUGGGAAGCAGGAAGGAGGAGGCGACCUUACAAAGAGUUGGUUUUUUUCAAUGAAGUGCUAUUUCCUGCAGUGUCUUUUU